GACAGGAUCUGCAAACUGGUGAGUCACUCUGGAGUAGCAGGAGUUGAUUCAUUCUGGAGCCUGUGACGAAUUAUUGUCCUGAUCAAGAAAAUGACAACCUUCCCAUUGGGCCGUUUACCUUUAUACCACCAGAGGACAGUAAAUCUUCAUUCGAUUCAAUUGGGCCUCAUAGAAGUUGCUUCAUUUUCUUGGUCUAAGUCAAAUAUUAGGAUUUGAGAGAUCAGAAAUGUUUUUUUAUUUGAAAAGUUUUGUAUUUGUGUUUUUACGUGUACGAAGUUUGUGAAUAGUUCUUGCACUAGUGUUCUUUUAUUUGAAGAGCUUUGUGUUAUUUUAAAGUGUCGUAUUUUUGCUUUUACUUGUGUAAAAUGUAAUGCACGUUUGUGAAUAAUUCUUGCACUUUUUUAUUUGAAUGCAAAACUAUAUUGGCUUAUUUGAAAGUGUUGUAUUUGUAUUUUUACACGUGCAAAGUUUGUUGAUAACUCUUGGGCUUGCUCUUGGGCUAUUUUGAAGGAAGAAUGUAUUGUGUUAUUUUGAAUAGAUAACUUUAUAGUGUUAUUUGGAAUGAAGGACCUUAUUGGUUCAUUUUGCAGUGUUGUAGUUGUGUCUUUACUUGGGCAAAGUAAGAGAAGAACUCUUGCACCUGUGAGAUGUUUUCUAGGAACUUCCUGUGCAGACUGAUCCCAGAGCAGCAGCGGGGCUUGUUGUUGUUUUCUCGGGACUCAUGGUAAGUAGGUCACGGGGAAGCGCAGCUCCCCCCGCUGCUGCUUCGUCUGGUCCGGGUAGCGAGCGGCUCCUUCGUGCAGACGCUUCUCUGCAGUUUGUACCCUUGGACCUUCGAGCUGGUUGUGAACAGCGAGCAGCAGCCAGACUGAUGCUUUUCGUCCAACAUCUGGAAUAAACCUGAUCUGACUGUCAGGUCCUUCUUCAAACUGAGCGGCUGCCAUGUCCAGACGAAGCAGGAACAGUCGUGCAUGGAGAUACGUGUGGGGGGGGAUACGGCAGGACGCUGAUGCCCGGGCACUCGUGUUGGCCUCUGAAAGCGAGGAAUGGGGUUAUAGCCGCCUAGAGUUUAGUGACUCAGAAUCUGAGACAGACUUUCCCGCUGCGAUGGUCCCUCCAGUCCCCAGCGCAGUGCCGGUCACCGGAGAGUCCUACUGUGACUGCGACUCCCAGGCUGAGACCAGCUACAACCCUCGACUGCGCGGCUUCCACCAAGUCAAAGACUGCCACUGUGGAGAGGACGACCAAGAAUUCGACUGGGGCUGGGACUUGAACAGCCGGUCGACAGCAACAUUACUGAGCUGUGACAAUCGCAAAGUGAACUUCCACUCUGAAUACAGCUGUGGCACAGCUGCGAUCCGCGGCUCCAAGGAGCUGGCUGAGGGACAGCACUUCUGGGAAAUCAAGAUGACAUCUCCAGUGUAUGGAACCGACAUGAUGGUUGGCAUCGGCACUUGUGAUGUCAACCUGGACAAAUACAGACACACCUUCUGCAGCCUGUUGGGGAAAGAUACAGACAGCUGGGGUCUCUCUUACACAGGCUUGUUGCAUCAUAAAGGAGAGAAGAUGAACUUUUCUACACGCUUCGGACAGGGGUCCAUCAUCGGAGUCCACCUGGACACGUGGCACGGCACACUUACUUUCUUCAAGAAUCGAAAGUGCAUAGGUGUUGCUGCCACAGAGCUUCAAAAUAAGAGGUUUUAUCCGAUGGCGUGCUCCACAGCAGCCAAAAGCAGCAUGAAGGUGAUCAGGUCCUGCUCCGCCCCGACCUCCCUGCUGUACCUUUGCUGCGCGCGCCUUCGCCAGCUGCUGCCAGACUGUAUAGACAACCUGGACGUGUUGCCCCUGCCCCCGGGCCUCCGUCAGUUGCUCCACAAUAAACUGGGUUGGGUGCUCAGUCUCAACAGCGGCGCCGCAGAAGAGACCCCCGAUGAGCCCGAGUGCUCCUCCCAAUUGUCUGUCCUUCCCUUGGCUGGACCGUCCUCCUCGGAGAGCGACUCGGAGGGUUGCACGUCCGACCCCGAAGCCUGUCAGAGGAAAAGAUGCCGCUGGACAUGACUGGGCGGCUCGAGUCCUACCUCCUCUUAAACACUGGCCGAGGUUACUGUCCUACGGCUUCUGAUCUAGUGUUACUUACUUGCCUCGAGCCUAGCGUGGUAGUGCAGAGAAUCACCAGGCUCGGUGGAGCAGAGGGAGCGGUGUGUGGGCGGUGACAGGGGUUCUGCCUGCACGUUUUAUUACUGUGAUCUUCUCUCAUGCCAUUCACAUGUCUUCAUGCUCUUCAUGCACUCAGUAUCCAACACCAGCUUCAGUAAUGCGUGAAAAGAUGUGCUGUUGUUGUGUUUACUAACUUGUACAACGUGACACUGAAGCAAGAUGAAGCCAGAUUUUUGGUCAUCAUCUUUAUAUAUUUGCAAGAAGGGGGGGGGGGUUAAAAAAGGACAAAAGUAAAAGUAUUUUCUAUGUUUUUAUCCUGUAUGCAAAAAUAUUAUAUUAUUCGCUGUCCAUGCAUUAUCAAAGUUGUCUGUGGCUUGUUUCACUGGCAUCUGCAAUUUCUUGUAAAGAAAUUCCUGUGAAGCUAAGACUUCAACUGUAUAAAAAGAACUAAAGAAAGUAUAAGAGGAGGUGAAGAGGAGGUGGAGAGAACGCGAGUGCACUCUGAAGCUUUUAGUCAACAAUGAAAUGAUUGUUUUCUUUCUGUCUCUUGAUCCCCAAACAACUGAAGCACAUCUAAUCGCUCACAACAUUAAUGGAAAAAAAACUGUUUAACUUAAAUAUUUAAUACAUUCAUGUCUCCCUUUGAAAAGUCCUGCUUGUGGUUUAAAGAAACUAUGAAUUUCUACUUUUCCGAAAAAUGUAAGCAGUACACAUUAUACAUUGUCUCGUGUGUGUCAGUGAAAUGAGACCACCGCACCUUUUCAUGUAACUUUUUAUCGCUGUUACAUCUUCUUGUUAUUUUAGAACUUUUUACGGAUAGUUUAUUUGUUUGAGUUUAUGAGCAGUUUUUAGCGUUUAAUGUUUUUAUGCAAUUGUUCUUUUAUUUUGGUUUUACCAAAGGCCUUGUUCAAUCCCUGUCCUUAACAACUGCUCUUGAUUCACUGAAUGAGAAUUGAAUGCUACUGUCAUCAUUUCAGUAUCGUUCACUCAGCCCCUCUUGCCCUGAAACGUGACUGUAGAAAGGGGUUAGGUGAACAUCUGCUGUGCUCAGCUUGAAUUUGAUUACUUUGGAUUUCAAUUAUUACAAACGUUCAGUGCAGAAACUUAUGUCACUGCUUCUGCAGACAAAAUUAUUCUCAGCUCUUUUCUUUAGAUGUUUUUGUGUAUUUCUAAAUGUUUUAUGUGGCUCAAAACUCAGUUUAAAUAUUGUGCUAUUGUAUGAUAACAAUCAAAACUGAUGAAGCUGUGGAUUUCACCAUAUUUUGUAAUAACCGCAACAGACACUGUCAUCUGAAGGAUCUGCCACAUUUGUCUUGAUGCCUACGGAGGCUGAGUGGGUUCAAAAGGUCAAUUUAAGUCUGUAUUAAUCUUAAAUUAGGGACAAGGGUCAGAUAUAAAGUAUAGUUUUUCUGUUAGAGUACCCUACCAUAACAAUAUAAGUAUAAUAAUAGUGGUUGAGGCCACACAGCUUGCAGACUGCCACCUCAGUCCCCUGUCCCUGAUCACGUAUAUUUAGCUUAAGUAGAUGCAAACAAACUUUUCUGGUACUAUGCAAUUAUCUUCUGUGAUGAGGGUUUCCUGGAGGAAUGGGUGUAUCUGGCUGCCAUCCCCUGGCUGCCAUCCCCUGAGACCACGCUUAUCUGCCAUGAGUAGUGUUACAUUCCAGUUGUGCAAUGAGUUAGUCAGAAAUCCCUCUUUGUAGAUCCAGUGACGUAACCACACACUGGCUAGUUGUAGUCCAGCAGAUGUUUUUUUUAUUUAAACUGUAGUUGUCUUCACAUCAAUGCAUCCAAGCACUUUUUCUUACUGUUGUAAUGUAACUAAGAAAAUUCUAAGUGUCUCUUCUAUAACAUGUCAUAUUAACAAUGCUGUAUGCGAAGGACUUUACUGGCCUUUUCCUGUAUAACCAUGAUCAGCAUGAUUUCAGCUGAAAAUACAAAGAAUGCUUAAUAAACAUAUGCAGAAAGGACUUAA